UCAUCAUCAUAACCAAAAACUCCUCAAUACCCAACUAGCAUCAAAGAAUAUUCAAGCUCGCUCCGCAACAAGUUCUUCCUCUCAAACACACACCCCUCCAAUCCACCCUCUCUGCGCAUAGAAACCAUUCAAAACAUCUCACACACUCCACAUCCACACGAUCUCAAAACUUCCACAAAAUGGCACCAAAAGCCCAACGUGUUGUCGUCGAGCGCGCCGGCCGUCGCCCCGCUCAACCAAAAGGUUAUUUCGCAAGCACGUAUACUGCGUUGACGGCGCCGGAAAAUGCAAGUGUGGUUAGGAGUAUUGGAGUUUUUGGCAUUGCGGUUGCGUUUUUUUCGAGCAGUUGGAGCGAGUAUCUUUUGCCGCCUUUGUAAAGAAUGAAUGGCGAUGGCGAUUGAGAAUGCUAUGGGAAUGAAAUAUCGAUAUGCGGAAUCGAUAUGGGAAAGGCGAGAGAUGAUGAUGAGAGGGGAUACCUUAAAUGACGACAACAAUGUACAAUGGAUUAGGUCGCAGAUGAAAAUACAGCAGUUGGUGGAAGAAAUGUAUGAUAGGAUGGAUGCAUGAAGGACGGAUAUGAAAACGAUGGGAUGUGAUAUCGCGAGGAUGGUCCAGAAAACUCGGAAUCUGUAUACAUCGGGAUGGAAACGAGGCGUUGAUACUUAUUAUGAAUGGAUCUCUACUUCCUCUAUACACUAUUAUUGGAUG